AUGUCACAAAACCAGGCUCAACAAAAUGUUAUGAGAAGGAAACUUGUCAUAAUAGGCGACGGUGCUUGUGGUAAGACCUCAUUACUGUCGGUAUUCACACUGGGCUAUUUCCCCACGCAUUACGUGCCGACUGUAUUCGAGAACUAUGUCACCGAUUGUCGGGUCGACGGCAGAUCCGUACAAUUGGCUCUGUGGGAUACUGCAGGACAAGAAGACUAUGAGCGACUGAGGCCGCUCGCAUACGCAAAAUCUCAUGUCAUACUUAUCGGCUUCAGCGUUGACAGCCCGGACAGUCUAGAAAAUGUACGGCAUAAAUGGAUUGAGGAAGCCCGAGAACGAUGCCCAGACGUCCCCAUCAUCCUGGUCGGCCUGAAGAAGGAUCUUCGAGAAGACCCCCUUGCCAUUGAAGAGAUGCGCAAAAAGAGUCUGAAGUUCGUUACGUCUAGGGAAGGGCAGGAGAUGGCUCAGGCUUGCGGAGCUCGAAAAUAUCUCGAAUGUUCCAGCUUGACAGGCGAAGGAGUGGACGAUGUAUUUGAGGCUGCUACGAGAGCGGCCCUCCUGACCUUCAAUGGCAAGCAGGGCGGAGGUGGAUGCUGCAUUAUUCUAUGA